UGAACCCAAUGCCUUAGGUACUUGGGUACCUGGCUUAGCCUCGGGGUGAUGAAAAUCGGGGCCACUUUCUGCCGGUUCCGCAGCAACAAGCAUGGAACUAACUUAUUUAACUUACCCUGGGCCGCUCAAAGUCACCUCAACGACGCGUUGCUCACAUCGAGGGGAGAUAUUCUCCCUGAUGUGUGAGGAGAUCCUCGAUAUGCUGUAUCAAACCGAAGUACGCCACGUCGUUCUCCAUCAAGUGCUAUGAGUCGAGGAAUUCAUACGUCAACACAAUGGCGUUGUUGGUCCCUUUUGGCAACACGCACGCAUGCCACACGACGGAGCAUUCAUACAAUCCCCUCGCAACGCCAACCAGACAUUGAGAGUCUUCGUCACAAGGCUUUUCUGGCGGAAAAGCCUCUGCAUCUUCGCUGCGAUGGGGACAUGCUCCCGGCUACGAGCCAAUGGUUCACGCCGAUCGCGUUGGAAAGUACGGCUCCCAGGACUCUAACGACACACUUCACGGAGCAAAGCCAUCACAAAUUGGACUUCCCUUUCGAAGUAUAUGUGCCGCAAAUCGGAUCGAACCAUUCAACGAAAGCCUUUCAAAGGUGGCUGCUGAGUCAUGGCGCGGACGGUUUCGAUCAACAUCGCUUGGGGCUCAUGAUGCAGGCUGUGGUUCCUGACAACCCAGACUCGUGCUUCUAUCAGCUCCAUGCGCCAAUAUCCUUGCUGCAACACGCUCUGGAAUUCAACUCUUCAGUUCAGAAGGACCCUGUCCAGUUGUACAUCGCGCAGUGCGCGAUCUCUGAGUUGCCUGGGCCUCUGCAGCAGGAUGUACAAGCACCAGAGCUCGUCCUGAAGGUUGGCAAAGGCGACAUUUAUGCCUCCAGCAUCUGGAUUGGAACGGAACCCACAUACACACCGAUGCACCGCGACCCAAAUCCGAAUCUGUUCUAUCAACUGUGUGGUCGGAAGAAUGUGCGGCUUCUUCCCCCUGGAGCUGGGGAUUUGGUUUUUGUGCAGGCGCAACGGAAGCUUGGGCGGCAAGGCAGCAGUCGGAUCCGCGGAUCGCAGAUGAUGGAAGAACCAGAGCGAACGUUGCUGUAUAAUACUGUCUGGGAGGAUGAGGAGGUAGCGGGGGAGAUGUACGAAGGGACUUUGGAUGAGGGCGAUGGCUUGUUUAUACCCAAGGGAUGGUGGCAUUCAGUGAGAAGUGUUGGGAAGCAAGGUGGUCUCAAUGGCUCUGUCAAUUGGUGGUUUCGAUAGAAUUGUACCCCUCGUAAAUCAUGUAUAACAAUGUACGGAUACGUACUCUAUGCUCCAACACCGUGCCGUUGCUGUUCC